UGGGCCGACCACCGAACAUCUUAAACCGGUAACCAGUUCUGGAGGAACUGGAAACCAGAAGAGGGAAGGCAGCCCGAGAGGAAGACGACGACGAGGGAGCUCUCGCAGACAAGAGCUACGUGGAAGCGGAGUCUAAGGAAGUCAAUGGAAAGAAUCUUGUUAGCUGAGGAGCUCGCCGGAGUUUAGGGGUUUCCAUACACUUCCUUGAUCUUUUUAUUACUGAAUUUGUUGGGGUCUGCAACAUCCACAUACAGCUUCCUGCUCCGUAUCUUUUCCAGGUUCAACCAUCGCUAUGGAUGCUGAAUCACAUGAAUUAUCUCAUGGAUAUACGAUUUCAUUAGAAGAUCUGCAAGAGAACAGAGGUGCAGUUCAUCACUCUGAACUUCUGGAGAUGCAAUGCAUGGUAUGCAGAAGAACUUUCAUUCCAUGGAUUGAAAUAAAUGAAGGACUAGAUCAUUCAGGCAUAUGCAGAGACUGCAAAUCCUUGGUUUUGGAUGAUAAUGGCAUAAGCUUGACUUCUCGAAAUCCUUGGGGAAGGCAAAGGAGAAGAAGAUCAAGGUAUGGGAGUUCAGAAUCAGUGGAAAGUGUGUUCUCACAGCAGUUCUCUCACCUGAUCGGUUUGGCAAGGCAAAAUCGGGAUCCACAACAAGACGAGGACACAACGGCUGGCAUCCAUCAUCAUCCAAGUUACACUUACAGGAACUUGUCAAGAAGGGGACGUAGAAUGAAUUCUGAUACUGAUAACGAUAGUAUCGAGCGCAUGGACUCCAUGUUCGGUGAAACCGACUCGCAUGUAAGUUUCAGUGCUUACGGAGGCGAUUCCGAUGCUUCCGUUGAUGUGCAUAGUAUAAUUGAUAGGGAAACACCAAGCCCUCUAGAUAACGAAAGCCGUAUGCACACCGACACAGACAUUGAUCCUAUGCAUGCUGGUCUAGACCAAUGGACUUCAGAUGACCAGGCUGAUUAUGGAGCAUGGGAGGAGGUUAGUGUAAUGGAAACUUCCAUGCAGCUUAUGGAGCCCCAUGGACGUAUCCACGAGACUAACAGUUUAGAUGGAAGUACCACGAGCCCCCAAAACAGUACCUUGAUUCGUUGGCAAAUAAAUCCCGUCGAUCUCUUCACCGAUAUAGACGAAAUAGACCUUUCUCCUUUUACUGGGAAUUUAGGCGACUAUAUGGAUGCACAAGGCUUUGAGGAGCUUCUCGAACAACUCGCAGAAGCCGAUAGCUCAAGGAGAGGAGCUCCUCCAGCCGCAGCUUCUUCUCUGCGCAACCUGCCUCGUGUGAUCAUUUCAAAGGAUCAUGAGAAAAAUGGCACUUUAAUCUGUGCAGUUUGCAAAGAUCCUCUGUCUAUUGAUGCCGAAGCUAGGCAGCUUCCGUGCUCGCAUCUGUAUCACCCCUCCUGUAUCUUGCCAUGGUUAAGAACUAGAAACUCCUGUCCUGUUUGUCGGUAUGAACUUCCAACUGAUGACUCCGAGUAUGAGGAGGGAAAGCAUAACAACGUGCGAAAUGUUUUUGAUGAAAUGCGGCAUCGGGUGCAGGUUGAUGAAAGCUAUUCUGAUGAAUCAAGUGCUUUGGGAGACGAAGCUGAUGAGCAUCGUCACCAUAUCGAAAAUCAAUCUGACAUGGAUGGCAAUGAUGAAGACGAAGGCGGGUCGAACCAUGGUGGCAAUCGACGAUGGCUUUUAAUUGCCGCAGCUCCGAUUGUGACUAUUGUCGGUAUCGCUAUCGUAACAUGGGUGCGGAAUUCCAUAGCUGGGGGAAGGAUUCAUUGUGGCAUUGGCGAUCGUGAUGCUCAGCAAUCUCGUGGGUCUCAUGGUAGAAUGGCUCAUGCCAGUAGGAACAGGACAUGGUGGUCUCUGUUUUAGACUUCAGAUCACUUGGGUUUGGAUCUCCUUAAAAACUCCAGCUGUUAUUCUAACCAGAAAAUAAACAAAAAUGAGCUGCAGAGAUUGGCAUUAGCAUUUUUUACAGGCUUGUUAGUGUCUGAUACAACAUUCUGCGGUGGUUGAUGAAAUUAAUUAACAUGAAUUGUUUGUCUCUUCAGCUUUUUCUUGAAUCGUUUUUUUUUUGGCAUUUACAUGCAUAUCACCCAAUUCUUAUGUAUUUACAUAUCUA